AUUAUUAUUAUUAUUGCCUGGCUUUGUCAAUGUUAUCGCCAUCCCAUGAUUCUACGUUUUAUGAACAUACAGCACCAACUCGACAAUGGAGUAUACGUCAAGCCAAUAGUCGUCUCUAUUCACGUGGAUUGGAAUCAGCUUUAGAAAGUGAUCUUACUCUACAACAAAUGGAAGAAAAGAACAGCCCUGUUAUUCCUUUGAACCAUCUCGAUAGCAACAAAAACCUUGAUCGACAUUCAAAUAAUCCCUAUAAAUCGUUUACUAGUCAAGAACAACAUCAAUCUAUUGGUUAUGGUUUUCAACAGGAUCCUUUUGCUGUAUCACCCAUGGAAGCUUGGCAAGAGAUGAAAGACUACAAUCUUCAAGUCAAUGGUAUUCCAACAUUGGAUCAAUUAUUACGUUUACCAACUAGUAGUCCAAUCACACAAACCCAAUUCUCAUCAUUUUUACGACGACGUGGAGCUCAACAAAACCUCAACUUUUUAUUACAACUGGAAACUCAUCAACGGCUGUGGCAGGCAUAUCUUAAUAGUGUAGAACGACAACAACGACCUGAAAUGAAAUCUGACCGUUCAAGUAAACUUUUAUCACAACAAACACAAUGGAGUCCUACUACUGAUUAUUUUGAAACACCUGAUACUAUGGAUUUGUUACAAUCUAUUCAAGGCAGUCAUACUCAUCUUCCAUCCGCAAAUCAAACUUAUGCUUCAAGAACGCUACAUGAAGACAAAUCACUUUCUCGUCAUGAUGUUGUACAAAAUGCUAUACGAAUCUAUAGAACCUUUUGUAGUCGAUAUGAUGCUGCUCAAUUGAUCCAUUUACCUGAUGAUCAUCGUGCAGCUUUGGAAACUUUGGUGGAAACAAAUCAACGACCAGAACCUGUGAUUUUUGAUGCAGCAAGAUCCCACGUGUUUGAUGUCCUCAAUAUGUUUUAUUACCCUCAAUUUGUAGAUGCUGUUCUUUAUACCAAUGUAUCGACAUGGUCUUCCCGUUUGUUUUUGGUGAUUGGACUUGUACUAUUGACCUUUGGAUUGGCUUUAGAAUUUGCAUUUAUAUUUUUGGAUGCUGGAAAUACUGGUACAAGGUCGUGGGCCUUUUUACCUUUUUUAUUUAGUUGGGCUGGUUUAUUAACUGGUGUUACUCAUUUUGCCUGGUGGUCUGCUUGGUUAAAAAGAAGUGAAACAAGUUUUAUGGUAUUUGUUCCUGUUGAAGAUAAAACUGUGAUCAAGAUUCAUCAAAAACGGGCGUUUAUAUUCUGUGUGGCCAACGUUUUAAUAGCUUUUGUCAAUACCAUUAUCUUUGUGUUUAUUCCUGCACAUAGAUUAUAAUCUUUAUUAUUAUAUUUAUUUCUUCAAUUCCCUUAUACUUUUUUUUUUUUAUUCCUGGAUAUCCAUUUCAUCAUUCUCCUUUUAGCUUAGAUGAACCCCCUCUCUUCCUCGUUGUUGUCUGAAUAUACGUGCACUGGUUGCAAUAUCCUACUCGUUUACUAUCAUUCUCCCAUCAUUUACCUCUCCCUUUACUUAUUAUUAGUAUUAUUAUUAUUAUUAUUAUUAUUAUUAUUAUUAUUAUCAUUACUAUUCUAUUACCUCAAAGUCAU